UUUUCACCCAGUUCCAACGCGUGUACUUAAAAAGCGACAGGGCCACUCACCGUUCAGCACCGAGCACCGAGCACCGAGCACGACCGACACCAACACACCCAUGUCGGCGAGGUGAGCUCGCUGCCGCGGCGGAGGGAGGAGGAGGAGGGGGACGCGGACCACCGAGGGGGACGCGGACCAUGGCGGCGGCCACGAGCGGCGGCGGCGCCGCGCUCCAGACGAAGCACCCCAGCGUCGAGCAGACGCGGAAACGCAUCGACCCGAGGAGGAGGCAAGCGGCGCUGUCGUUCCUCAGCAACAUCUCCCUGGACGGCCGACCCGUGCAGGACGAUGCGGACGACCGGGACGACGGGGAGGACAACUCGCCCGAGCCUCGGACUAGACAGAGCCUGGUUUCCCCGGAGCGCUCGGCGUACGGGGCGGCCGGAGCCGGAGCCGGAGCCGGAGCCGCAGCCGCUGCCGCUGCUGCGGCGGCGGCGGCGGCGGCGACCACGGCCGCCCAGGCGCUCGCUUUUGCAAACCAGGCUCUCCUCGCCAGCGGCCGGGGCAGCAGCUUCGGGACGGGUCCCGCUGCUGCUGCUGCCGCCCCGGCUGCUGCAGACACGUCGGAGGGCGACGCGUUCCUGCCCGCGACGUUCAGCUCGCCCUUCUCCGCGGUGCCAGCCUCGACCAGGGGGAGGCUGCAGACGUACACUCAGGGAAUCCUUCCUGCCUCCUUCUCCAGACAGUCCUCCCAGAACUACUGCCUGGAGGGCGGACAGAUAGCCAACUCUGCCAUAGAGCUGCAGAGGUCAAGACGACGACUCAUCUCCCAGCGCUCUUCGCUCGAAACACUAGAAGACAUUGAGGAAAACGCUCCUCUGCGCAGAUGCCGAACCCUUUCGGGUUCACCCCGACCAAAGAGCUUCAAGAAAGUCCACUUCAUAAAGAACAUGAGGCAACACGAUAUGCGCAAUGGAAGGAUAGUCCUUAUCAGUGGCAGAAGAUCCUUCUAUAGUGUAUUUUCUGUCCUGCCCUAUCGAGAUUGUAGCCAAGCAGGGGAUGUAAAGCUGGAAGGCGGGCGUCAGCGGCACCCAUCGGGGAGCGUCAGUGCCAAGGAGAUGGUGAUCGGGCUGGAGGGAGUGGAGCUGGGAGCAGAUGGAAAGACUGUGUCCUACACCCAGUUCCUGUAUCCCACCAAUGCGCUGGGCGGGCGAAGAAACACCAUCGACUCCACCUCUUCCUUCUCCCAAUCUCGCAAUGCCAGCCACCGCAGCCUCAGCUUGGGCCGAGCCAACAGCAACCAGAGCAGUAUAGACGCAGGGAAUGAUCUGGGGGACUUUCGCGAGUACGACCCCAAUCUGCUGGAUGACCCUCAGUGGCCUUGUGGAAAACACAAGAGAGUCCUCAUAUUCCCCUCCUACAUGACUACGGUCAUUGAAUACGUCAAACCGUCUGACCUCAAGAAGGACAUGAACGAAACCUUCAAGGAGAAAUUCCCCCACAUAAGGCUUACGCUCAGCAAAAUAAGGAGCUUGAAAAGGGAGAUAAGGAAGCUGGCUCAGGACGAAUGUGGCUAUGAGGAACCCACAGUGGCCAUGGCCUUCGUCUACUUUGAAAAACUCGUUCUUCAAGGCAAACUAAACAAGCAGAACCGAAAACUCUGCGCCGGAGCUUGUGUCCUUCUGGCGGCCAAGAUCGGUGGUGAUCUCAAGAAACAUGAAGUCAAGCUCCUGAUAGACAAACUGGAGGAAAGGUUCCGAGUGAACCGCAGGGAGCUGAUAGCCUUCGAGUUCCCUGUCCUGGUGGCACUGGAGUUCAACCUGCACCUGCCCGAGCAUGAGAUCAUGCCCCACUACAGACGCUUGCUGCAGACCUCCUAGCAUCGGUGACCCAUCAGGAGGAGCGACCACCAGGUUCUCCUCUUGAUCCACACCCCAUGGUAUCCAUCCUCCCAGCGCUCGUCUCGUCACCGUCUGACAGCUUCGAGGUGUACGGCCGGUUGCCGCUCGACAGCCGCCAUCACUCCUUCCUAUCAGAGACAUGGAAUCAGCCAAAGGGACACACCUUUUUAAACUAACUUUUCCAUUUUUUGACUUCUACAUUCAUAAUCACUACGUAUACCUCUCUUGUUGCUUAAGAGACCCUUUUUUGAUUGAAUAUGAUGAACUUUGUUUCGUUUUUUUUUCUCAGUUAAAGCAACCAAUGAUUGUAACAUUUCUUUUAUCAUCUCUUGUCAUUAAUCUCCUUCUUGCAAACUUUGGUAUGAUUGGUUGCCUCCUGUCCUGCAUACAAUUUAAACAAAAGCCUUUUAAGUGGCUGGUUUUGGCUGGACUGUUAUUCCUCGGAGAAUGUCUUCGCAAGUUAUCGUCUUAAAAGUGCACUUUUUGAACAAGACAUUGGCGGAAUGUUUUUGGGUUUUUUUCAGACUUGUAACGAGCUUGGGAACUUACCAUUGAAAAAUGGUUCACAAGCGCCACACGUGAGUCAUCUGAAUGGACUUUUGAUCUGUUUUUUCUUCUUCGUGUUCUAUUCAUUACUUUCCAGCCACAACUAUCAGCAUGAUCGUUUGUACUCGCAGACAAGAUGGGACUUCCAACUUUUGAAGUAUUCCAGUCAUUUUCUACCCGUCGGAUGCUUUCCCUGGACUUAAGAAGACCAGACCCACUUUUAUCAGUGUCGAAUUUCCUGUGCUCUAUGUUAGAGUGUAUUGCUAGCACAUUUACAGUGCUAUAAUGGGGUCUAGAUGGUCGCUCUGAAGAGUUGCUCACAAGUGCAAAGAUGCCAUUGACCAGUGAUAAGCACUAGCAGCAGGGUGCUCUAGUUUUGAAAGAGAAUGUCCUUUACCUGGUGGAUGUGGGGGAAGACCCUGUGCUGGUAAAUUGUCUUCCUGCUGAAGUGUCCUUGAGCAAGACACCGAGUUCCUCCAGGCUUAAGGGACACUGCUCUUUAACUGAGCCUGACGAAUCUAAACAAGAUCCCAAAAAGGAUCUAUGGCGACUCAAACAUUUGUAUAAUUUGACUUGGCAUUUGAUAAUUUGAAACAUACAAAAAAAAAGGAAACAGAUUUUCGAGGUGACAAAACUGCCAUUGUGACCAAUUAAAAAAAAAAAAGUAUUAUUCCAUUUAUUUGGCAUGUACCUUAACUUUAUUUAUUUUUUAUUAACUUGAAAUUGUCUCUCACAAAAGUAGUAGAGUAUCGAGAGGCCACCAGUUCAGCAUCAUGCGGUCGGCCUACUCAUUACCUACUUAUUAGUAUUAAAUGCUGGUAUUUUAACAAAAAUGAUCACGAGACUAAACCAGUUUUUUUUGAUGAUUAAAGCAUGGAUUGUGCCGAUUCAAGGAGAAGAGAAAAGAUACUUGGCUUCUGUCCGAUUGCAAGCCCCAAAGAUUUCGCUGUAAGAUGCUCUCUUGAAUAUUCAGUGAGGAAACACUUCGUGGGCGACACCUACUACCUGUGUAUGUUUGUAAAUAAACUGCUUUGCUUGCCCAAUCCAAACCAAA